AUGGCCUCGGUAGAACAAAGGUUCGACCAGCUGGCGCAACAGCUGGCGGUGUUGCAGACGGAGCUCCAAGAGAGCAGGCGUCGAGAAGAAGACCUGAACACUAGACUGGCGCAAGUCCAGCAGGGUGCCAUUGCACCGACGCUCCAAGCCACUAUGGAGCAGAUGGUCGAGACGCAGAAAGCCAUCUUGGAUAGCGCGAGAAGAGAUCCGAAGAAGGUGACUCUUGUAGACAACCGAGGUUUGGCGAAGCCACACAGCUACGAUGGAACAGCAGACUUUCUUCAGUGGAAGAUUCGAUUGGAGGCUUUCGUCCAGUCGGUCCACGAAGAUCUUGAAGACCCCAUGACGUGGGCAGAAGAAGAAACAGACCCGAUUAGCGGCGCAUCCGUUGCGGCUGCGUUUGGGAGUGUGAACCCUUCGCAGCACGAAGUACCUGAGCUUGAAGGGAAAAGCCAGCAGCUGUAUGCAGUGCUCCAGACGCUUUGUGAAAAGGAAGCGUUCACGAUUAUCCGUGCGGCCGGGAAAGGCAACGGACUCGAAGCGUGGAGGCGCUUGUGCAAAAGAUACGACCCUUCCACCGGAGGGCGUAGAAGAGCCUUGCUUCGGAGCGUGCUGAACCCGAGCCGGGUAAACAAGAUCGAAGAGCUUUCGGCCGCGGUAGAAUCGUGGGAAGAGCAAGUAAGGCAGUACGAGAACCGGCGGAAGCCGGAUGGCUCGAGGCCGACGUUAGAUGAAGACAUCCGGGUUGCUAUCCUGGAGUCCAUCUGUCCGGCGGAGGUCGAGCGCCACCUCCAACUCAACCAGGCACGCUUCGCAGACUACGAUGAGGGCCGGAAGGAACUCUCGUCGUACCUCGAGACGAGGAUCGGUCUGAAGUUGAAGCCUGGAAGCUCGUCGAACGAGCAAGGACCAACGCCGAUGGACAUUGGCGCGUUCGGAGGUGGAGGCAAAGGAAAAGGAAAAGGCGCAGAUCGACGAGCGAUCAAGUGCCACAACUGCGGCAAGCCGGGACACAUCAAGUCGGAGUGUUGGGCGCCUGGCGGUGGUCAAGCCGGAAAGAGCGCCAAGACCAACAACAACAACACCAGCAAAGGCACGCCCUCGAGCAAAGGAGGAAAGGACAAGAAGCCCAAAGGAAAAGGCGACAAAGGAGGAAAAAGCGGCAAAGGCAAAGGCAAAGGUGGCAAAGGAAGAGGAGGAAAAGGUGGAAAGCCGAAGGCGGUAGGAAACGUGGAGGAGCAAAGGGAACCCGAAGGAGAGGAGGCCGCAGAAUGGGACGGCGGUGACUGGGAAGCGUUAGGUUGGGACGACGGCGACUGGAACGAAGCCGCGGGCUCAAACGAAAGUAACUACCUAGCCUUAGGUGCGCUCCACGUAGCUGCACCCAUGGCGAAAGAGUUGAAAGAAGAAGAGGCCGUGGAAGAGACGGAAGAAGAGGAGACCGCGGAGGAAGACGAAGAAGUACCGGUCAGCGAGCCAACGCCCAGUCGGACCGGCGAGCGUACCCGCGCGGCUCUUGCGAGAGGAACGCAGAAGAAGAAAGAGCCGGAGAGAAAGAAAGAGGGAGUGGAUCCCGCCGGCGGUUCGCUGGCGGUGGAUCCGAGCGUUGUGGAGGCCCUGAGAAGUAUGGGCAUACUCCCUUCCGGUGCGGGGUCCUCGCAAGAAACGGAAGAGACCGGAAUGGCGCGCUUGCUGCGUGUCAACUUGGCCCUUGGGGCGAUCAUAGAGCAGCAGGCGGCUCAGCUUGCUUCCUUGGGUUCAGGAGCCAGCGCGACUUCAACACCCGCGCCCGCCACGCCACGUGCCGCUCCACCUAAGCCACCUGUGACCACAAAGCCUGCGCUAGAUAUGCCGAUGGUCGCCGACCCGAAGCAGCCAGCGCCAUCGAGACCAAAGCAGAAACAAAUGCCUAGGCCAAAGGCACCGAAAGCGGGACCGUUGUUCAAGCACAUGCCUAAGUCUGAAGUGAAGGUGAAGGCGAUGCCGAAGGUGCCGAAGCGAGAGCUUACGCGCCCGAGCGGGGACGAGUCGUCCGAAGACGAGCCUAAGGCGCCCGCGACGUCGUCCAAAGGCUUCGCGCUCCUGCCCAAGGAGAAGUGGAGCAGCAUGCGUUUCUCAGAAAGGAUCGAGCACAAGAAGGAGAUGAGAAAGGCCCUGCCCAGAGGCUCGAUUGGAGACGCGGACGCGUGGUCGUUCGGCAGCGCGGAAGAAGCCGUUGGAAGAGCAAAGCGCCGGCUGGAAGAGCGAAGGAAAGAGAAGAAUGAGAAGAAAGAGAAGACGGACAAGAAGGCGAAGAAAGGAAACGAAGAGGCAGAGACAAGGAGUCGUGCUCCGGGCGGUUCGCCUGGAGGCACUCCAAAGGUCACGUCGUCGAAGAGGACGCUAGCGCCGAGGAAAGACCUUCGGAGGCCCAGCGAGCCCCAGGGUCCGCCACCUAAGCCCGCAGCAAAGAGUACGCCGAAAGCGGAAGGACCGCGGCGAAGCAGCGGAUUCACAGCGGGGUCGCUUGCGAUGCUCAAAAGUUCCUUGGCCGAGACCUUGAGGCAGAAUAUCGCCUCGGAAGAAGACCCAGAGGAGCAGAGGAAAAUGGAAGAGCAAAGGCGAGCUCUGCAGCGCGACCGGCCACGGCAGAGUAUCGUGAUCACGCGCGAAAAUAUCGACGACCAGUCGUUUCACGACAGUCGGUAUUUUGCCGACAGGGCGGCCGGAGUGCCGCACCACCAAGCCUGGAAGAACGAGAAGGGACGCCGAAGAGCGUUGCUGAAUCGCCGAGAAGGCUUGAAAGAGCGCGUCGCAGACCGCAUCGAGAAGGAUCAAGAGUGGCACCGGCGGUACGACUCAAAAGGGUCCAGCCACAAGAUCGAUAAGACAGACCGCUUCGAAGGCGAGACCGUCACGGUCGACGAGCGAGUGCGCGACAAGGAUGCCGACGAGCCUGCUGUUGAGGCCGCACCGCUGUCGAAGAGGGCGAGGGCGAACCUACGCCAGGAGCCGGACGACGAGGAGGUCUUGUUGGCAACGAACCCGGAAAGGAAGGCGAAGGAGCCUCGAAAGCGCCCGCCUGGGUACUACCAGAGAAAGAACUUGAGCCGCCGGAAGCGCAAGCGCGAGAUGAGGGACAAGGGAAACCCGGAGGACGACGACGAGGAGGAGGACGAAAACGAGCCUCCACCCGACAGAGGGUCCAAAGAUGUGGAUGGGUGGAAGCGCAUCAGGUUGAAUCUGGACACGGGAGCCGCCGCCACGGCGAUCCCGACCGAACUUGCCGAAGUGCUCAAGGGCAUGGGUUACGACCUCGGACCCACGAGCGGCACGACCUACAAGACGGCAAGUGCCGAAGUGAUGCAAGACGAAGGUGGCCUGUGCAUUCAGGGCACAGACUCCCGCGGAAACCCGAAAGGGGUAGCCGGGAGAGUUACCAAUGUUCACCGCCCAUUGGCGUCGGGGAGCAAAGUGGCCAUGGGUCACCACCUGGCGUUGUCGAGGCGCGGCGGGCGCCUUAUCCCGCUGGGCAGCGAGGCUGCCAAGGAGUACGAAAAGUUCAUGGCUGGGCUGGUUAGACGCCACGGAGCGCAGCUCACGCCAGUGCAUGUGGAGAACGGCAUCUACAUGAUGGACUUUUGGGUCCGGCCACGCCAGACCAACGCGCCCGAGCUGAACGCAACAGGCGUAAGACCUGCAGAGGCUCUUGCGGGAGCGGCCGGCGGCGACGAAGCCGCUGGAGAUGGAGAAGCAGGCGAAGAAGCGAGGAUGGCGAUCGUGAAGCGAUCUCCUGCCGACCCGAGCCAGGAGGAGAUCGACCAGCACAGGGCCACGGGCCACAGCGUGCACCGCUCAUGGUGCAUCCACUGCUGCCGUGCUCGAGUCACGGCACCACGCCACGCAACAGGGGAACCUGCCGAUGCUGAUGAGGGUAGGUUGCCUUACGUUUCACUAGACUACUUUUACCUGAACUCUGGCCAAGAAAAGAGCGAGAGUGAAGGGGUUUUACCGUGUUUGGUAGUUAAGUGUCACAAGACUGGUAGGUACUGGUCUAGCGUCGUUCCAGCAAAAGGAACUGACCUGUUUGCAGUAGAGUGGUUAAAACGCUGCUUGGCUGAAACAGGAUUUAAGGAGCUCUGUUUAAAGAGCGACAACGAGAACGGGAUCCUCGCGCUCAAGCGAAAAGUGAAGGAGGAAAUGAACCUGAAGAUCCACCUCGUGGAGGUCCCAGUGGAGGACCACCAGUCGAAUGGCUACAUUGAAGUCGCAGUGAGAGAAAUGAAGCGACAGAUCCGAGCAAUCCUGUCGGACUUGCAAGAGCGGCUUGGAUUCAACAUCGAGCCGACGCACCCUUGUAUGCAUUGGCUUCCACGCCAUGCAGCCUAUCUAAUAUCGCGGUUCCGCGUUGGAGCGGAUGGGCGAACUCCUUACGAAAGGACGUUCGGUAGAAAGUGGCGCACGCCACUGGUGAGUUUCGGGGAACAUGUAUUGUUCCGACCAAGACAACCGCGAGAUGGUAGAAAGCAUGACCUAGAACCAAGGGUCAGUAUGGGCAUGUUUGUAGGCGUCGGGGUGAACAACGACGUGUUCAUCAUGACAGCCAGAGGUGUGGUGAAAGGAGCGUCUGUGACGAGACGUCCUCCUGCAGAUCAGUACAAGUACGAAAACUGGAGUGAACUUCGGGGUGUUCCCUGGAGACUCCAAGCGCGGGAGCCGGGCCAACUGAGGGUUGAGCUGCCGGCCGUCGUGGCACAGCCGAGGCGACUGCCACAGGAAGAAGUGAUUCCAAGGAAUCUGUACGUGCUGAAAUCUGAUCUUGAAAAGCAUGGGUUCACACCGUUAUGCCCAGGGUGCGAUGCUCAGAUGUGUGACCUACCACAUAGGUCGCACAAUCAUGAGUGUAGAUUGCGGAUUCAGUCCGAGCUUCAGAAGACUGAAGAAGGAAGGGCACGCAUUGAAGCUGUCCGAGAUCGGUUGAAUGCUGGGCGAAGACCAAAGCCCGGAGGAGGGGCACCCGAGGCUGUGGUAGCUGCUAACGCACCGGUGUUGGUAGGCGCACCAGAGCCUGAUGCCGAAAUGGCUGCGGGAGAAGCAGCCGGAGAACCGCUAGAACGAAAUGUGGCCAAAGAUCUGAGAGAGCGGGAAGAAGCUCGAGGAGGAUCAAGUGAAAAGAAAAGGAGGCAAGAACGAAAGGGAAACAAGAGAGUCCCUGACGAAGACCUCGAAGAGCUGCAUCAGAGGAUGCAGGCUGAGAGUGCGAAAGGAAAGCCUGAAGAUGACUCUGGAGCAGUCGUCGAAAUGGGACCGCUUCCUUCUGCAGGAAGCCGUGACCCUCAGCCCGAACGACAGCCCGUGGAUCCAUCAGCUGGUUCAGCUGGAGGCAACGGGGACGGAGAAAUCGAGCUGGGUCAACUUACUGAGUGCUUGUGCGCUGUCCUGAGGGACGCACGAGCGAAGGGCACGAUCUCUGAGAUUUUCUCCCCGCCGCGAGUAGCGGCGCAAGCACAUGUCGUUGGAAUGAGGCCUGGAUUUUCCAUUGACCUGGAAACCCAACGACCAGAUGGAGACUACUGGGAUCUAAGCAAAGACUCGCACGUGCGCGAGCUGUUCGUGCUACUGGACGAGCAAGAGCCAAAGUUCUUGGGAGGAUCGCCCCCAUGUGGGCCGUUCUCUGUCCUGCAAAACUUGGUUGACGCAAAUGCAAAAGUGCCUGUCGAAGUGAGACGCAAACGACUGGCAGAAGGAAAGAAACAUUUGCGAACAGCCGUUCAGGCAUACUGGAAGCAAAUGGAAGCCGGAAGGUAUUUCCUACACGAGCACCCAAAAGGUGCACGGAGCUGGGAAGAACCGGAAGUGAAAGCGUUGCGAGCCGACCCUCGCGUGUACGAGGUCACCGGGCCAAUGUGCCGUUGGGGCAUGGAGUCGGAAGAUGCCCAGGGCAAAGGCUUGGUGAAGAAAGAGACGCGAUGGUUGACAAACUCGCGAUGCGUUGCCGAUGUGCUUCAAGGAGCGUGUUCGAACACCGAAGGCAAGGUGUGGCACCGCCACGUACGCCUUAUCAAUGGUCGAGCGCGCGCAGCACAGAAGUAUCCACCCAAGUUGGUAAAAGGAAUCCUGACGGCGUUCCGCCAACAGCUGGUGGAGGAUGGUGAGUUCUCAGAAGCGUUAAAUGCGAUGGAGGCUGGACCUGUUCCAGACUCUCCACCCGUGAUCGACGAAGAAGAGGAGAUCUACAAUCUACAACCAGAACUCGAAUGGGUGUGGAAACAAAACCUCUACGAGAAAGUUCCCGAAGAGCAAGCAAGGGCAGCUGGAAAGGUUCCAAUCACCAUGAAGUGGGUAGACCGCAACAAAGGAGACAACGAGCGGCCCAACUAUCGCUCGAGAAUUGUUUGCAGGGAAGUCAAGCGUGCAAAGAACGCCGAGUUCAUCCCGGAACAUGCGAGCUUUAGUGCAAUGCCCCCGUUGGAAGCAAUCAAGCUGUUGCUGUCUCUUAUGGUGACGCUGAAAACGUCAAAGAAGGGACGAAAACCUUUGAAGCUACGCUUGCUGGAUAUAUCCAGGGCCCACUUCUAUGGGAAGGCCCAAAGGGAUAUAUACGUCACGUUGCCUGAAGGAGAUCAGGAGCCAGGCAUGGUGGGCAAGUUGCUACGAUCCAUGUAUGGCACCAGGGACGCUGCGGCAAUAUGGCAAGCCGACUACACCGCCGCGUUACUGGAAGCCGGAUUCGUUAGAUGUCCCGCUUGGCCAGCUAUCUUCUACAAUAGCGCAACAGAGACAAGACUUUUGGUUCACGGCGACGACUUUCUGAUUCUCGCCGAUGACGAUGGUCAAGCACAUGUGGAAAAGGUCUUAAGGAAGAAAUACGACCUAAGGGUUGAUGGCAGCAUUGGACCAGGAGAAAAGAAACAGGAGUUCUGCGUCCUGAACCGUCUCGUGCGCUUCGACGAGAGGUCAGGAGUAAUCUCCUAUGAGCCUGAUCCAAGGCACGCCGAAAUCAUCCUGAAAGAUCUACACAUGGAAACAUGCAAGCCAGUAAAGAGCCCAAACGAGAAGAUGAAAGCUGAAGAUUUGGAGAAGAGACUUCAGCUCCCGACCGUGGAGCCAGAGCGUGUUAGCCAAUACCGCUCGCUGGUUAUGCGAGCAGCGUUCCUGGCUCAAGACAGGCCAGACCUGUCGGAAUCGGUCAAAUGUCUUGCGAGGAGAAUGCAAGGCCCGACUGAAGCGGACUUUGCUGACCUCAAGAGACUUGCUCGGUAUUUGAAAGGUGCAAUGCGACUGGUGCAAAGGUUCGCACCACAAAGGUUUAGUUCGAUAGUCACGAUCCAUGCAGACAGUGACUCCGCCGGAUGCCUCCAGACACGGAAGAGCACCACCGGACUAGUGUGUUACUAUGGACGCCACGAAGUGCGACAUUCAAGCAACCUCCAGAGUACAGUGUCGCUAUCUUCGGGAGAGGCCGAAUACUACGCACUGGUCAAGGGUGUAGCCAGCGGAAUGGCCACGCAAGAGCUUCUUCGUGGAUGGGGGAUAGAAACGAAGUUACAGGUGCAUACCGACAGCGCUGCUGCGCUGGGGACAUGCAGUCGUCUUGGUCUGGGAAAAUCCAGACACGUGCAAACACGAUACCUAUGGAUCCAAGAGAAGCUUGCGAACGGACAGUUCGAUACUAAAAUCAAUACCGCGGACUUGCUCACCAAGUCCUUAAGCACUGAGUCUGCCGAGCAACAUCUGCGCCGAAUGAGCUUUGAGCUAGUUUCCGGUAGAAGCGGAAUAGCAAAGGUCUACUACCGCUUUGCGCACAAGAGCCAGGUGCUUGAGAAGAUCGAGUUCUAUGGGAAAGAGAUUGCCAUUGGCGACCUGAGACACACGAUCGCCGAGAAGCAGAAGCUGCCAAAGGUGGACCUGCAGAUCCUCAACGAGUCCACCGGGGAGGUGUACACUCGUGAUGGCCAUCUGCUGAAGCCAAACGUGAUUGUGACGGUGCGUCGCACACCGAUCCAGACGCAGAAGAAGCCUGCGGUCCUGACUCUGGAAGGACGGAGCUUGCCUUAA